AUGCGACGAGGUUUCGCACGAGGUGUGCGUUACACCGCCGCUUCAGUGCUUCUAACAGCAACCCGUCAGGCCACAUGUUUAUUGUGUGAUGUGGAUUACACCUCAUGGGGAGAACACUCAAUGGGAACAGCACACAUUGCACGCAGCGCCAUUUGCAGAACAUACGUGGCCCCAGAGCGGCACAACUCCAUGAUGCAACAACUAUGGAAACACAUACGCCUGGACUUUGGGUAUAUUGAUGAUGUUACUCACAAGAAGGAAGAUCACAGACGUGGACGGCUUGCAUCUACGAUGCGACACUUACGAGAACAAGGUGUUCUUCGCCAUUCUCUUCCACAGUAUUCUGUAGAUGCACAGGGAAUUGGAACUUUUCGGAUUACAAAGGAUACCUUUGUAAACUUUAUGCUUGUAGGAGAGAGUUAUGCAAGACAGGAAACGAUGGAUCGAGUGGCGCGACUAAUGCCACGAUUAGAAGCAGUAGAGUUAAGUAGUGUUGUGCAGUAUAUAUUGUCAAAACGACGUCUUGCUCGAUUGUUUGAUGAACUCACUAUGCAGCAACUUAUUACACAUGAUACUACAUUAAAAGCUGAAGAGCCACGUGAUGAGACGGAAACCAACACCACAAAUCUCUCUAGCAAUACCGGAAAAGAAUCUUCUCCCAACACUUUAGGUGAAGUACCUCGACUGCGACAAGAUGAGAAGGCGGUGAUGCUGAUGAGUUGUCUGGGGGAACUGCAGAUGUACGCGCGACAGGAUCGCUCCCACAGUGUGGCCACGCGGGCUGCCGCUGAGCAACUCGUGCUGAAUGUGCUCGGCAGCCAUGUGAUGGAAAACAUCAUUGCGGAGUUGGUCCACGCGGUGCUGCAGAGUGUCGUGGAGGAGGGCACCCCCGUCUGGCGCGCCCACUGCAGUGAACUCAGCAGUAAACUCUUCGAGGGCACACGAUCCCCAUCCCCAUCCCUCUCUCCCACGCCCACUCCACCGUUAUCACUAUCACUUUCACGAUCCACAGCUGAGGAGGAGGAGUCGUCUUCAACGAAACGCACGGAGGAUCUUCUCGAGUUGUACGCUCUCGACGCGGAGCCAACAACGCCGAUGUUUCCACCAACGGCCGGGCGGCGGGUGUGGAGUGAGGUGACGCGGGCCCUCGCAUUAGAACUGACGGUGCCAAAUCCAGUCAACAAGAGCGCCGUGUAUGCACAGACAGCACCACGGCUAGCAGUCAAGAAGAAGGCGUAG